AUGGCUCAAGCACGUCAAUUGGAACAAGAACAAGGACAGGGCUCAUUUGUCCAGUCUGUCAAGUCUGAACUCUUCUCACCUGAGAAGCGCCAGGGAAACCUGAACAUCGCCUUGUCUCUCAGCGUAUUCGCCGGCGCCAUUGUCUUUUUGCGCAACUUUGGUGAAUUGUUGGCCACCAAACCAACCUCACUACAGAACAACCAACAAUAACAGCAACCAAAAAACGAACAGAACUACAGACGUAUACACAGACGCAAACAGACAGACCGACACCCAAAAAAAAAAUGAAGAAUACUAUUUUCUUUACUAUCCCCUCUUUUAUCCUUUAUUCAACAAUGGCUAUUUUGUUCUUGUUCUUUUU